GCGCUCAGUGGCUCUCGCCUCGGAUUGAAUUUCUGCUCGGUGGUGCUCGGAUGUCUCCCCCGGAGGUCAGGUGAAAAGCGCUCCUUCUCUCAGCCAGCCUCCGGUCCUGAGAGCCGCACUUUGCCUGGAAGUUUCCCGCAGCGGAGCAGCUCCACGCCGCGGCGCACCGGUCCGGAGCGCACCGCCGGCCGGAGGACAUGGAGCGGCUGUAGGAGCGGCUGGAGGAGGAGAUAAACCUGAAGGAGGGAAGACUUUCACUCCAAACAGGCACCAGGAGGACUUUCAAGGGAGCUGCCGUAAGAAACUGUAGACCUCCUCCUUCUGAGAGAGUUUCUCCUCUGGAUCUCAUGGCUGAAAUGAAUUCACCGGGCCUGCUGAGUAUGCCCCGGAGCCCCACCUCCAGCGAGGAUGAGAUGGCCCAAUGCUUUUCCGACUACUCCGACGACUGCCCCUCUGACAGCUCCCGCGAAGACACCAUCUACGAGACGAUAAGAGCAACGGCCGAACCAUCGCAGAACCACAUGGACGACAUUCACACAAACUCCAUGGUGAUCCGGGUCCUGAUCCCAGACCUGCAGCAGACGAAAUGCAUGAGGUUUAACCCGGAUGCGACGGUCUGGAUCGCCAAACAGCGGAUCCUGUGCACGCUCAAUCAGACCCUGAAGGAUGUGCUGAACUACGGGCUCUUCCAGCCAGCGAGCAACGGGAGGGACGGAAAGUUCCUGGAUGAAGAGCGCCUCCUUAGAGAGUACCCGCAGCCAAUCAGCAAGGGGGUCCCCUGUUUGGAGUUUCGCUACAAGAGCAGAGUCUACAGGCAGCCCAACAUUGAUGAGAAGCAGAUCGCCAAGCUUCAUACAAAGGCCAACUUGAGGAAGUUCAUGGAGUUUAUUCAGCAUAACCAGGUGGACAGAGUGGGGAAGAUGUUGGAGAGAGGCCUUGAUCCCAACUACCAUGACACUGAUAGUGGUGAGAGCCCGCUGACGUUUGCAGUUCAGCUGGACAAUGCUGUGGAGAUGAUUAGGGUGUUGAAGAACGGAGGAGCUCAUCUGGACUUCAGGGCCAAGGAUGGCAUGACUUCCCUUCACAAAGCUGCCCGCUCCAAAAACCAGGUCAUACUCAUGACGCUGCUGGAGUUGGGAGCAUCUCCAGAUUACAAAGACAGCCGCGGUCUGACGCCUCUGUACCACAGCGUGGUGGUGGGAGGAGACCCUGGCUGCUGCGAGCUCCUGCUUAACCACCACGCCUCCGUCUGCACCCAGGAUGAGAACGGCUGGCACGAGGUUCACCAGGCCUGCCGUCAUGGACAUGUGCAGCAUCUGGAACAUCUGCUGUUCUACGGAGCCGUGAUGAGCGCUCAAAACGCCUCGGGAAAUACCGCCCUGCACAUCUGUGCCCUCUACAACCAGGACAACUGUGCUAGAGUGCUGCUGGUCCGUGGAGCCGACAAGGAAGUGAAGAACUACAACAGCCAGACUCCAUUUCAGGUGGCCAUUAUCGCUGGAAAUUUUGAGCUCGCUGAACUCAUCAAGAACCACAAAGACUCUGAUAUAGUGCCUUUCCGUGAGGCUCCAGCCUACUCCAAACGCCGGCGGGGUCCGUCCUCUGGCGGCGGAAACGGCCAGUCGCCGUCCUCUCUAUCAGCGCCACGGGUCCUCCUGCGCUCCAACAGCGACAACAACCUUUCUGUGAGCCAGUACCAGCAGCACGGUUCUCCUGGAAAUUGGGCCCCCCAUCUGCAGCAGCACCAACAGACCCACCAACACAGGGCCCCCCAGCAGGGUCACUCGCAGCCUGGCUCCUCAGCUUUACACCGCAGCCUGUCCCCUCAGCUGGUCCAGCAGAUGCCCAGCGGCAGCCCCAAUGGCAACGUGGUGGCCAGAACUAUGGGGAGGGGGGCAAGGAGCCGCUCCCCCUCCCUCAGCCGGCUGGGGGAGGAGAACAGACGUGCUCAGACUUCACAGCGACAGCCCAGUCCCAGCAGUCACAGCGAGGCGGUUGGCCCCAGGAGGAAGCUUUACAGCGCCGUUCCAGGCAGACACUUCGUGGUGACUCGUUCUUACACUGCCCAGGCCGAGGGAGAGAUCAACCUCUACAAAGGGGACAGGGUCAAAGUUCUGAGUAUUGGAGAGGGUGGAUUCUGGGAGGGCAGCGCCCGUGGACAGCUGGGCUGGUUUCCAGCCGACUGCGUGGAGGAGAUCCCGGCCAAGGCCACCGAGGAGAGGACCUAUUCUCGAGCUGACCGGGCUGACAGACGGAAGCUCUUCAGACAUUACACUGUGGGCUCAUACGACAGCUUUGAUGCCUCCAGUGACUGCGUGGUGGACGAGAAGACGGUGGUUCUGCAGAAGAAGGAGAAUGAGGGCUUCGGCUUCGUGCUGCGUGGGGCUAAAGCCGAUACUCCCAUCGAGGAGUUCACCCCCACGCCGGCCUUCCCGGCCCUGCAGUACCUGGAGUCGGUGGAUGAAGGCGGAGUGGCCUGGCAGGCGGGGCUCCGGACGGGGGACUUCCUCAUCGAGGUGAACCAGGAGAAUGUGGUGAAGGUGGGCCACAGGCAGGUGGUCAACAUGAUCCGCCAGGGAGGAAACCGGCUCCUGAUCAAAGUGGUGACUGUGAGCCGGAAUCUGGACCCUGAAGACACGGCACGCAAAAAAGCUCCUCCACCACCAAAGAGAGCCCCCACCACCGCCCUGUCCAUGCGCUCCAAGUCCAUGACCUCAGAGCUGGAGGAACUCGUGGAUAAAGCCACACUAAGGAAAAAGAAGGGUGAUGUGCAGAAGAAGAGGAUUGUUUUCCAAGUGACUCUAAAUAAAGUUGAGGAGAUGACGCACGCCCAGAAAAGCUCACCUGUGGACACAAAGAUCGCCACCAUCAAACCUCGUCCUUCCAGUCGCUGCUUGGUCACUCCUACAGAUAUGAAUUCCAUGUAUCACGACCGCCAGGGAGUAGCAGUGGUGCCGCCCACUGUGCCAGGAGCCUACCUGGGGAUCCCAGAAAAGGGCACCAUGAGGAAGCAGAAGUCUAUAGGUACGUCGGAGGAUGAUAAACAGGGACUCCUAACGCCUCCCCUGCUCAAGUUCUCCCGCAGCCUCUCAAUGCCCGACACCUCAGAGGAUAUCCCUCCUCCCCCAGCGAUUUCCCCGCCUUCACCACCUGCCUAUAACUCAGUUGCUGGACCUACAGCAAAAAACUACGGCACCACUCGACCGAACUUCACCCAAAACUCACCAAACGCAGUCACCACCAUCAGCCGGACCACGGAUGUUGGCAGGUUACGCCGUGGAUAUUUCCGUCAGAGCUCGGAGCAGUUUGAGAGCACACGUACUAGAGGGCGCGCACCCGUGCCUGAGAACCCUUACUCUGAGGUCGGCAAUAAGACGCUUUAUGUGCCAGCAAAACCAGCUAGAAGGAAGGGAAUGUUGGUGAAACAGCCUAAUGUAGAGGACAGUCCAGAGAAAACAUGCCACGUGCCAUCCAGCCCUUCGGGUGCAGUUUCCAUGCCCACGACACCUGUCGAAAGGACGUGCUCUUCUAUCCCCAUUCCCACCAUCAUUGUUAAAGAACCUUCCACCAGCAGCAGCGGCAAAAGCAGCCAGGGUAGCAGCAUGGAGAUUGAACCCACUACCCCAGAACAUCCCCCUCUAACAUCCACCAUUGGGGGAAGUGGAGGUUUGCGUCCUGAAGACCCGAUGUCUCUUAGCAACCCCUUUGCAGUAGCUAUCGCUGGAGCUGUGAGGGACCGUGAAAAGAGACUUGAGGCGAAAAAGAACUCGAUUGCCUUCCAGUCAAUAGACAUAGGGGAUGAUGAAAUGAGCAGCCCCGCACCAACUCCUCGUCUUCGCCAAUCUAAAUCCAUUGAUGAGGGCAUGUUCAGCAGUGAUGAACGCCUACGAAGGAUAUUAGCUCCCCCUUCUACAGUCCAACUUGGACCCCCAGUAGGUGGUGGUAGUGGAAAUAUGACAGAUUUCAACACGCCAGAGCCUACAGUGGUUCGGGAGCCUCUGAACACCAGAACAGGCCAGUGUCCCAAUCUGGACAGUCCAGUAAGUCUCCCAGCCACUCCUCCUAACAGCCAUUACAAGGCAAAUGGAACCUACCUCCAUCCUGUCACUGGUAAACCCUUGGACCCUAACUCUCCUCUAGCUUUGGCGUUAGCAGCUCGUGACCGAGCCAUGAAGGAGCAACAGAACCAUCCUCAGAAUCAGCCAACAAAUCCCCCUCAGGUUCAGCAAACACCCAAACAUGAAGCCCAGUCCCUGCCACUUCAGCAGAGCCACAAACCAGACCUCAACCAACCGCUUUUUAUUGACACCAAAUUGCGUUCUGGGAUCGAGACCAGCUUUGCAGCAAUCUCCACGGCAACCAUGGGACGGCCAGGCAGAGGUGGGCUCCGGCGACAGAUGACUGAGCAGAAGUAUGAAUCUGAUGGAGCGCGGGAACAGCGGCCGCAUCAGACAGUUGAGGAGCGAAAAAGCGCGCCCGCCAAUGUGGCAGAGGCGUCGCAACCCAAGUCAACUGGGCUGUUGAUGGUCCACACAAGCCCUGACACACCAAACAACAAAGUCAAUAACCAGGAGGUAGAGGUGCAGGAGAGCAACCGUCCUUCUGAGCUGAAGGACCCCAACCAGCCUGAUCGUCACAUUGCUCCAACAAUCUCCGCCAAUCCUCAACAAGCCGCCUCAAGGAGAAGAAGUGUUCCUCUAGGAGAAUCUUUAGAAGAACCAGUAAAACUGCCAUUCCGUAUCCCCCCUCCACCACUAGCAUCAGUCGACAUAGAUGAGGACUUUGAGUUCUCAGAGCCUCUUCCCCCACCACUUGAGUUUGCAAACAGUAUUGACAUUCCUGAUGACCAGGCCAGUGCCAUUGCAGAGAUGAUUCAGCAGCAGAGACGAAACGGAGGACAUCCUUUACCACCUUACCAUCCCCACGCCCCUCCAUCUGUCAGUGAUCACCACAAGCGUGUGCUUAACAGCAUGCCCCCUUCGUACCACCCAGCUCCACCUGAACCAGAAUCUGGGGUGGCGGAUUCUGGCAUUGAAGAGGUUGACAGCCGCAGCAGUGGAGAUCCUCAUCACAUGGAAACCACCAGCACUGUUUCCAGCAUCUCCACCCUAUCUUCAGAAGGAGGCUUCUGUGACAGUGCUUUGGAGAGCCUCUACACCACUGCAGAUGGACACGCCUUUUUAGUGGACCGGCCGCCUGUCCCACCCAAACCCAAGGGAAAGUCUGUUAUCAAUAGAACUGCGCUUUAUCAUGACGCUCUCAUUGAAGAGCCCCCUGAGUCUUAUGGGUCACCGCCUCAAGCGCCUCCUCCUCCCCCAUCUUCUGAGCCUCCUAGGACUCCUUCUCAAAGGACAUCUAAAUUGUGGGGGGAUCAGCCCCCCGAGCUACGCAGUCCCCCAUCCACGCCAGACUCCAAGAACACCGUGAUUACAGAGCUCAGCUCUAUCCUGCAGCACAUUAAUCGCGACAGGCCUACCAAGCCAGGAGAGGCCCUCGACUCCCCCACAGCCACCCGAGGGGGCUUAACAUCCAGACCCUCGACAGACGACUCAGGAAUGCGUAACAACGUCGCUGCAGGUGCUCUCACCUCCACGCCUCCCAGCAGCCUUCCAUCCCAGGGGAAUCCCUGCAGCCCGCCGGACUCCGCCUCCUCCCUCACCCCCUGCUCCUCGCUGCCCCCCUCCGUGUCGCCCACCCUCACCGACGUCUUCGGCCUGCCCACGCCCCCUAUGGGCAGUGGCGGCGGCUACAGCCUGAGCUCAUCGUGCGGCGGCAGCGGGAGCUCGCGCUCUCCGUCGCCGCUCACGCUGAUGCAGGCGGUGGCGGCAUCUGGAAAACCCUUCGCCUCCAAGCCUAUGGAGCUGUGGAGCAAACACGACGUAGCCGACUGGCUGGAGAGCCUGAACCUGGGGGAGCACAAAGACGCCUUCCUGGACAAUGAGAUCGAGGGCGCCCACCUGCCGUCGCUGCAGAAGGAGGACCUGAUUGACCUGGGCGUGACCAGGGUGGGCCACCGCAUGAACAUAGAGAGGGCCCUGAAGCUGCUGCAGGACAGAUAAACCUCCCAGGAGACAGGGGGCGACGCGAGCAGUCAGCCUGAGGAGAGGGAGAUGUUUCCAGUCCCGCUAGCUGAUCUCUUCAUCAGAUGUGGAAGGAUAGAAGUUUCAUCCAAGCUGAAGCUGCCUCUUGCUGUUUUUGUCCUCUCAUCCUGCAUCGUCGCCCUCAUCUCAGCGCUUCGGCUUAUCCAACCUCCGCCCGCCCCCCCCCCAGCCUGGGCGUCCGGGGAGUGGAGGAACUGCAGGGGGAGUAAAGAGAAACAGCCGUCACAGGACGUCUGCGAGUUACUGGAAUAUUUUAAACUCUGGAAGUAUCAAAGGUUACUCAUCUGGAGGUUUAUUUCACAGACUCUUGCUUUUCUGCCUCGCUUUGGAAUACUGAGACCUAUCCGUACACCUGGACGGGUGCGUGAAGAACCAGCUGAGCUGGUCGUUGCUCCUUUUCUAUCUUUGCUAGAAUUUGUUCAGAGAAUAUUUCUUCACUAGAGUCCUAACGGAGUUAUAUUUCCGGGCGCAUCUGCGGCUGUAGAGGAACAUUUUCAGAUAGACUCCUUUUUCUGUUGCUUUUCACCUAUUUGUGUCAAACUUAGAGCAUCAGCCGAGACAUUUAAAGCAACCAUGUCACCUUUCCACAUAGAGGUCAUGCAUGUGGAGACACACACACAGACACAGAUAUGCACACACACAUUGAUGGCUCUCUUUCUCCUGAAAGAGUGUGGAGGAAUGAGCUCCACGUGGAGAUGUAAGGGAAACCAAGGUGAGGACAUGAGGAAGGUUGGACCUUGAAGAAUGCCCAGAAGACGUCCUUGUUCCAGCUUCACUUGUCCUUCCAGCGCUGUGCUUGUGCGUGCGUGUGUGUGUGUGUGUGUGGGUGUGUUUGCGUCUGUGUGUUACUGUUUGACCCAAAAAUCCGUUUAGCUAUUUUCAUAGUUCUGCCAUGUAGGCCAGAGUUUAGCAGAAGUAGAACCAUUCCUUUUGUGCCUCACUCUGUUGGAUCCUGUUCCACCUCACCAGUUGCACGUCAGCACACACUGUGAGCCCACGGUGACGCCAACGUGUCGCACACCUGUGCAAAGGUCGUAGUUCAGCUCAGGUUGAAAUGUUACAGAGAAUAUUUUGGGAAAAACACAGAUUGGUGUUAAUAGUUUGUUAUAGCCGACAAUAGCCGGGUUUCCGUCGACCAUCCAAUGAA